AUGCUGUUAUGGGGCAUGACUCGGACGCGCCUACGCGUCACAACAACCUCAAACCUCUGGCGGCGAGCCAAGAAUGCAUACUCGACUAAGGGUGCCAGCUAUGGUUCCGGCUCUCGCUCCUACCCGAAUCCGAUCAGAUCUAUUGUGAUUGCCAGCGUGAUCAGUACACCUGCCCUUUGGUGGUUGCACUGGAAAGUCGAGCCCGAUCCUUCUAAGGACCAAGUGACACGCAUCAUAUCUCAAGGUGCUUAUUCUCAUUUGGUCCAAAACGUGGAUGGCGUCAUCAGAUACGACGGUGCUCAAUUGCCCUCUAACAGCCCUUGCGAGGACCAUUUUACCCAUGGCAAAUUUCCUUCGCCGUGGAAUCAAGGCAAUACCUGGAUGACAUGGGGUGUUUUUGAUGGUCAUGCAGGGGCUCAAACGGCGGAAUUGCUGAAGACCGAACUCAUGCCUUUUGUCCGACACAGCUUGAGUCAAGUCAAGCCGGUCUCGGACGGAGUGUCUGAUGGGCUGGUGCAGCGCGCUGUCGUGAACGCGUUUUUGAAUCUCGACGAUUCCAUCAUCAAGACUGCUCUGGAGACUUCCCAGAGCCAGGAAUCGUUAUCGGAGAAGGUAAAGAAGCUAGCGCCCGCUUAUUCCGGCUCUUGCGCUUUGCUGUCCAUGUACGAUCCUAGCACGAGCACACUACAUGUGGCGUGUACCGGUGAUUCGAGAGCGGUGCUAGGACAAAAAGGUCCAGACGGUAGAUGGAACGCAACGCCAUUGUCGGUAGACCAGACUGGCAAAAACGAGGAAGAGAUCGCCAGACUGUACAAGGAACAUCCUGGCGAGCCAGACAUUGUCAAGAACGGACGGGUACUGGGGAUUAUGGUCUCAAGGGCCUUUGGCGAUGCGCGGUGGAAGUGGUCAUUGGAUUUCCAACAAGAAAUACAGCGCAAAUUCUUCGGUCCAUCACCUCUGACACCCAGAUACCCCGUUCAAACGCCGCCAUAUCUAACGGCCGAACCGGUGGUGACCAGCACCAAGCUCAACACCGGUAAUCCGUCUUUCCUGAUUAUGGCAACGGAUGGAUUGUGGGAUGUGCUCUCCAACCAACAGGCCGUCGAACUCGUGGGCAAAUGGCUGGAACGAGGAGCAGGCGAGCAGAGAAGCAGCAACCCAGAACCACGAUAUGAAAUGUCCGACUUUGGUGAAUUUGCCAACGAGGAGAAUUGGAGAUUCGAGGAAAAGAGGACCACUGUUCAAGAUGACAAUGUCGCUGUGCAUUUGGUGCGUAACUCGCUUGGCGGAAAUCAUCAUGAAUUGGUGGCAGGCCGACUUGCUUUCGAUUCACCCUCCUCUCGACGUGUACGGGACGAUAUCACAGUGCAAGUGGUAUUUUUUAAUGGCCCGGAGCCUAAAAAGUAA